CACACACACACACACACACUCUUGUAUUUUGUGCUGUCGUAAAACCCACGUGUCCAGCGGGGAGCCUGCCAGAGCGUGGAGCGGAGGAGCCGGGACGCGGCAGCGGCCGAGCGCAGCAGCCCGCCGCGGCUCCGGCGCCCGGGUCCGCCCGCACUCCCGCGUUCAGCGUAACUGUUCUCACGCCCACCGCAGGCCUCCACAUCCCUGGCUUGCGGCCCCGGAGGGUCCCGGGCGGGCGGAUCUCUAGGGCUCUGAUCCCGCGCUGCCCAGGGGCAUGUAGCGUACCCGGGGCGCACACUCUCCCGCACGCUCACCGAGACACGCACGCACGCACCCGCCGGCGGCUCCGAGUUUUCAGCUUGAAGCGUCGGACAUGCUGAAGCCCGGAGACCCCGGCGGCUCGGCAUUCCUCAAAGUGGACCCAGCUUAUCUGCAGCACUGGCAGCAACUCUUCCCGCACGGCGGCGGCGGCCCGCUCAAGGGCGGCGGUGCCGCGGGUCCCCUGGGCGCACCGCAGCCUCUCCAGCCACCGCCCCCCCCGGAGCGCACUGAGCCCCAGCCGGACAGCCUGCGCCCGCGGCCCGCCUCGCUCUCCUCCGCCUCCUCCACUCCGGCUUCCUCCUCCACCUCGGCCUCCUCUGCCUCCUCCUGCGCCGCUGCCGCCGCGGCGGCCGCCGCCGCCGCGCUGGCCGGUCUCUCGACCCUGCCCGUGGCGCAGCUGCCAGUGUUCGCGCCUCUGGCCGCCGCCGCCGUCGCCUCGGAGCCGCUGCCCCCCAAGGACCUGUGCCUCGGCGCCGCCUCGGGCCCGGGGCCCUCCAAGUGCGGAGGCGGAGGAGGCGGCGGCGGCGGCGGCGUCGGGGAUGUCCGGGGCGCCCCGCGCUUCCGCUGCAGCGCGGAGGAGCUGGACUAUUAUCUGUACGGCCAGCAGCGCAUGGAGAUCAUCCCGCUCAACCAGCACACCAGCGACCCCAACAACCGUUGCGACAUGUGCGCGGACAACCGCAACGGCGAGUGCCCCAUGCACGGGCCGCUGCACUCGCUGCGCCGGCUCGUGGGUACCAGCAGCGCCGCGGCCGCCGCGCCCCCUCCGGAGCUGCCCGAGUGGCUUCGGGACCUGCCACGGGAGGUGUGUCUGUGCACCAGCACCGUGCCCGGCCUGGCCUACGGCAUCUGCGCGGCGCAGAGGAUCCAGCAGGGCACCUGGAUUGGGCCCUUCCAGGGCGUGCUCCUGCCCCCGGAGAAGGUGCAGGCCGGCGCCGUGAGGAGCACGCAGCAUCUCUGGGAGAUAUAUGACCAAGAUGGGACACUACAGCACUUUAUUGAUGGUGGGGAACCUAGUAAGUCGAGCUGGAUGAGGUAUAUCCGAUGUGCAAGGCACUGCGGAGAACAGAAUCUAACAGUAGUUCAGUACAGGUCGAAUAUAUUCUACCGAGCCUGUAUAGAUAUUCCCAGGGGUACCGAGCUUCUGGUGUGGUACAAUGACAGCUAUACGUCUUUCUUUGGGAUCCCUUUACAAUGCAUUGCCCAGGAUGAAAACUUAAAUGUCCCCUCGACGGUCAUGGAAGCCAUGUGCAGACAGGACCCCCUGCAGCCCUUCAACAAGAGCAGCAAACUCUCCCCUGCCACCCAGCAGCGCUCCGUCGUCUUCCCACAGACUCCGUGCGGCAGGAACUUCUCCCUCCUGGAUAAGUCUGGGCCCAUGGAAUCAGGAUUUAAUCAAAUCAACGUGAAAAACCAGCGAGUCCUUGCAAGCCCGACCUCCACCAGCCAGCUGCACUCGGAGUUCAGUGACUGGCAUCUUUGGAAGUGCGGGCAGUGCUUUAAGACUUUCACACAGAGGAUCCUGUUACAGAUGCACGUGUGCACACAGAACCCCGACAGACCAUACCAAUGCGGCCACUGCUCCCAGUCCUUUUCCCAGCCUUCAGAACUGAGGAACCACGUGGUCACUCACUCCAGUGACCGGCCUUUCAAAUGUGGCUACUGUGGUCGUGCCUUUGCCGGGGCCACCACACUCAACAACCACAUCCGAACCCACACUGGAGAAAAGCCCUUCAAGUGCGAGAGGUGUGAGAGGAGCUUCACGCAGGCCACCCAGCUGAGCCGACACCAGCGGAUGCCCAAUGAGUGCAAGCCAAUAACCGAGAGCCCAGAAUCAAUCGAAGUGGAUUAACUGAUUGACUGGUUGGAAUUAAACUUCAAGGAAAGUCAUGAUUAAAUGUCACGGACACUUAAGCAAAACCAAAGAUUUCCUCUGAGCAACUUUCAAUCAGUCCCGGAAAACCAAAAGCAGUAAUAAAAUAAGUAAGAUGUUAAGAGCUAUUGAUCCUGGCAUGGAAGUCAGACCAGGAGAGAGAUUAUUUAUUUAUGACUAGGGAUGAGACUCAUUUCAGUGGACAACUCACCUGGGAUGGCUCACAUUUCCAGUCCCACCGUGUAUUUGCUUUGUUUCUAAAAAGCUUUUUUAAACUGUUAUUUAAUACCAAAGGGAGGAAUCAGAUGAGUUCUUCUACCCACAGUUGUGACUAAGAAUGCACAGGGACUUGUUUCUCGUUGCACCUUUUUUAGUAGCAUGAUUCAAGGGGACCCAUUGUACAGCCCUCUUCCUGCUGUUUCAGUUUGGCCUGGCCUGCCUCAGGCUGCCCAGCAGGGACCACAGAUUCGGGAGCCAGAGCCUUCGCUGAGUCCAGGACAUCUUCAGCCCCACGGGUGCUCCAUUUCUGUGUUUUCCACACUUACUAUUUCUCAUGCACUUUUCUCACGGCUCCUUCCGUCCAGCAGCCUGGUCUUGAUGCAGAAGAGCCUGGAAGUGGAAGAAGAUGGUUUAAAAUUCAAAAUUCAAGGGGGAAAAAAAAAAUGGGGACUUACUGUGUCCUGUCAAGAUUUCAAAAACAUUUAAAAUGUGCGGAGCUUCAUAAUACAGUAUAUUGUUCUGAAGCAGCUAGUGAGAAAGUUUUGUUUUCAAUAACAUUUUAGCUUAAAAAAAAAAACAAACACGAAAAUAAAGUUCUUCAGUAUGAGGCUGAAUAUAAGGUAUUAGGCUUCCAGUAAUUUUUUGUUGUGUCUAUGAAAGUGUUGAAUAUGUGAGCAAAAACAGUGCCAAGCCCCACUGUCAAGACCAUUCUAGGCACUUUCAUCUUCCUUCCUCGUACCUCCAGGGGAAGCCUGGGAGGCCCUCCUGAGUGUGGGGCAUUUCUGCAAAAAUAGGUGAAAAUAGCCCAGACAAGGAAACCUUGAGAGGAGGGGCCACGGAGAGGUUGUGGUUAGAAAAGACCGCCCUGAACAGCUAAUUUUAUCAAGAGGAGUUACCUUCUCAUCCCCUCUGGCCCUUGAUAAUAUUCUUCUUUCAACACUGAUCCACUGAAAGAGAAAGGAGUAUGUACACAGUUUCACUGA